AACUUUUAGCCUUCUAAAAUAUUCUGAAUCCUUAAACCCUAGGGUUUAAGAACAGGCUUUUGCCGCGAGCAAUGCCUCAGUUCAAAAUCCGUACGUUACUCUACGUAUCCGUAUAUAUAAACCCACAUUUUCUCUCUUAAAACUAUUAUGAAAUCUCUUUUAAGAACCCUAAUUAUAUUCCUUAAACAUGGGUUUUUUGCAUAAUGAUCCCAUAAUAGGUAGUAAUAAUGAGCUUGAACAAGACAUCAAGAAUCAAACCUCUUCAGAGCUUAAGCAAGAAACUAACCCAUUUGACAUAUUUACCCCUGACCUAGACGAGUUCUCUUGCUCUUUUGCUGAUUCGUUUCUUGAUUUUGAUUCCUUAAAGGAUUUUCUUGCUGAGAGCCCCACAGUAGAUUGUAUGGCUGAUGUGAAACAAGACCCAUUUGAGGUUUGUAAUGAAGAAGCUGUUUUUGGCACUGUUAAUGGAUGUAAUGAGGUGGGUAUUAGUGAAAUUUGUGAAAAGAUUGAGGUUUUUGACGCCGCUGAUAGAGAAAAUGAGGUGGGUAUUGGUGGGAUUUGUGAGAAAGUUGAAGUUUUUAACAGAAAUGAUGAGGUGAGUAUUGGUGGAAUUCCUGAGAAAAUUAAUGUUUUUGGCGCCGUUGUAAGGGAUAAUAAGGUGGGUAUUGGUGGAAAUUGUGAGAAAGCUGACUUUUUUGACACUGUUGACAGGGAUAAUGAGGUGGGUAUUGCUGGAAUUCGUAAGAAAGUUGAAGUUUUUGAAGCUGUUGAGAGAGAUGGUGAUGUGGGUAUUAGUGGGAUUUAUGAGAAAAUUGAAGUUGAAAAGGAAGGGGAUGUAGAGGGUUGUGAAAAAUUGAGUUAUUUGAAUCUUGAAAACAGUAAAAUGGGGGUUAUAGAGAAGAUGGGUAAAGUUAGUAUAAAUGGUAGUGGUAGUGAUAUAGUUAGGGAGAAUGAUGAAGUUGAAAAUAUUAGUAGGGAUGAUGAAAGAAAUGUGACAAGUGAGAAUAAAAACACAGGAAAGUGUGAUGUGUCAAAAGGUGGUGAUAGUGAUACCGAGUCUGAAACAGAGAGUUCAUCUUGUUCAUCGUUGUCCGAGUUCACGAGUAGUGACGAGGGAGGAAAAAGAAGAGAAGAUAGAAAGGUAAGGGGAAUCAAAGGGGAGAUGGAAUUGGAAGAAGGCGAGAUACAAACAUCUGAUGUGGAUGUAGAUGAGAUGGUUGCUUGGAGCGAAGAUGAGGAGGAGGAUUCAGGUGUUAAAGGACCCAUCAGGUCUAAGAACGAGCUUCCGGUUCUUCCCCUGGUUCCGAUAGUGAAAGCAACUCUGCUACCACAUCACCAGACCCUGCCUGUUGGAGUUGUUUCAGCG